AAAACGGCUAUAAAAUUUGCCCAAAAGUAUAUCGAUAAGUUCGGCGGCAACACAAGCGCCUUUUCGCUGUUCGGACAAAGUCGUGGCGGUGCCUUAGUGUCGACGGUUCUGCUCGAUCCUGCUAUUCGCGGACAACGACGGUAAGCUGACAUGACGUAUGCAGCACGACGUUCACGUUGCAAGCAUGACGUACGCAACUGUAGCAUUCAGCGGCAGCGUGCUGGUGGAUCCGACGGUGGCCUACAUUCGUGAUCCGAUGACCAACGCGAAGAAGGUCGCUACGGCUGCGGGAGGUCCCACAGAUACAUCCACUGGAAUGGUCAGCUGCCUGAAAGCGCUACCACAGAAUCAGUUCCAGAAGGCUCAGCUGACGAUUGUCCAGAUACCGGUUAAUGCGGCUUUCGGUUUUGUGGUUGACCACGAUAACAUCCAAGACUUGCCGCUGCGUGCGCUCCAACAGACGCUGGAUAGUGGAUACACCGGUCCCAAAUAUUAUCACCAGUUAUCUGCGCGAAGAUGCCUCUUUAACAUUAACUUUGUCGGUACGGUGGUACCGGACGUGCUUAAUUCAGCUCCACUGACCUUCCGUGCCAUUCGUAAUGUUAUCACCAAAUAUUUACUGCCACGUGACGCACGACCGCUUUGCCCAAUACCCGACACACACUUGGGCGAUCGUGUUAUACAACACUAUAAUAUGUCGGAACACGACAGGAGGAAGCCCUUUUCAGACAAGUUUUAUCGUCCGGCUUCCGAUGCUAUACAAGGUUACCCAGCAGCUAAGGAAGCGUUGAUGUACGCCAAACACGCCUGGCCAUCAGGACCAUCAGUACAGCUGAUUCGAACAAUAUAUGAUUCGCACUACAAAGGAUGGGGGGCGUUUCACGCAAUGGAGCUAGCCUACAUUUUCGGACAAUGGCAGCUCUUCCCCGGUGAAAAAUAUGAUCCUCGCCUGACAGUCAGCUAUCGGAGCAUGCUCAGCCAAGUGGCGCACAAAGGACGAAUGGACGGCCCCGCUUUCCUGCAGAGCAACAGCGCUUACGGAGUUAACGAGUUGGGCCUGGAUGGACAGUGGUCAGCCAGCACGUAUGACCUUGCGGGAAUGCUGAAUUAUUGGCAGGACAUAGCCAAUCAGCCGUGUCCGGGAGCGUUUAAAUAACUGCCUGUUAAAGCGUAAU